AUGUAUGUGAAAUGGUUUGAUAGAGUAAUGUUUUACUAUGUGAUUUUAGUGUAUAUAGUGAAUGUCACUUUUAAAAUUUUAAAAUUUCCCGCCAGUUCCGUCCCCGUACGUCCCGACGCUCGCAGGGAACGGAACCCGGAAGACAGAUGCCGGCAUCCGCUGUAGGACAUUACAGGGGACACUGCAGGGGGGACAUCACGGGAGCGCAGGACAAGGUAAGUGAAGAAGGGAUUCCAGAGCAACGCUGCAUGGUAUUCCUGAGUGUAGCUCAGGGUUACUGCUUGUGCUACACUCGGGAAUACCUCCAGGGAGGUUAAGC